AUGAUGACGGAGGAUUGGAAGGAUUGCGCAAACAAUGAUAGUGAAAUGUAUAAAGCAGUCAGCAAGGCGAAGUUAUCGGAUUACAUUGUUAAUGCGACCAUCAGUCUACACACAGUCGCUGUGUUCUUUUACUGCAUCAAUACCGUUUUAGACAAUGUCGAUAUUACCGAUCCCACGAUUGAGAUACCCCACAUAUACAAAAUGGAAUUUCCACUUGACAUAAAGACACAAAGCACAUACAAAUUUGUUUUAAUUAUAGAAAUGAUACAUGUUCUAGUGAGCAGUUGGGGAUUAGGUAUUUUAAAUGUUUUACUUUUGACAUUGGCACUCGAUACUCCUGAUGCGACAGAGAAGAUAAUGAGAUCACUUUCAUAUUAUAGCGUAACAAACUUAGAAGCGUUUAUAUUCUGCUAUGCCGGAGAAUACCUGAUCAACAAAAGCAAAGCGAUCGGAUACGCUGCGUACAAUGCAGCCUGGUAUAAUAUGGAACCUAAGCAUAGUCGCAUUUUGUGGAUUAUUAUUUUAAGAUCGCAAAAAGAAUUAACGCUUACGAUCGGAAAGUUGAUGGAUCUCUCAUUACGUCGCUUUGCAAGUAUCAUGAAUUCCGCGGGGUCAUACAUCUCGGUGUUAUUAGCGAUGCAAUAA